AUGGCAAAUGAUGAGGAAGUUGCUGAUUCACUAAUUUCCCAACAGCGAUUAAAGGCAGCUUUGCAUUAUGCAGUGGGUAAAAAAUGCGAAGAAAUCGGGGAAGAACUUCAAGUGGAAUUCUCCAAGCAAAUGAUAUUUGCUCUAACCGAGUGUACAUUUAAACAAAGUGAGGUAAUAGCAACCGAUCUGGAAGCAUUUGCAAGGCACGCAAAAAGGACUACCAUUAAUGGUGAUGAUGUAAAGCUCCUUGUAAGGCGAAACAAGAAUGUGGGUGAUUGUAUAAAAGAUCUAUCAGAUAAAUUGGCUAAAUUACACAGUCGGCAAAAAAUGAAAAACAAGAGACCGAGAAAAGAUGCUGCGUCCACAGAUAGCAUAAUGGAAACGUAG